GUAAACUUGAAAUCGGAAAAAAACUAAAAAAGGAGAAAGAACAAAGCAAUAAAUGAAAACCUGCAAAGUUUCGUCUUUGCACCAAAAAACACAUCACCACUCUCUUCCUCUCUUUCCUCACUUCGCUCUUUCUUCUUCUCCUCCUACUUCCCAACUUCUCUCCUCUCUCUUCACAUUAUUAUAUUCUCUCUGUUUCUUCCAAUCCAAUCCAAUCUCUCUCUCUCUCUCUCUCUCAGAAACUAAACUGAAAUAUUGCAGAGUUUUGAAUACACGGCCAUGAACCAAUCACCAUCUCUUAUCGAACAGGGUAUUUCUCAACAGGUCAGUUUUUUUUUCUUCUGUGUUUCUCAUAGUAACCAAAUCCUCUGUUUUAUCAUGUUCUGUUUCAACUCUGUUCUGUCUGUUGCAAUGAGAAUUUUCUCAAAAAUCACUUUUUUCUUCUGGGUUUUUGAUUUUGGGAACAAUGCGAAUUUAUGUGGUCGAGAUUGGAUUUUCGUAUUUGAAGAAGAAGAACAAGUGGAAGAUUAAGGGUUCUAUUUUUGCUCUGUUUUUGCUUCAUUUUUGGAUUGUUUUCCCAAGUAGGAUUGCAUUUGAAGACUUUGUCUUGUGCCAAUGUUCUUACUUUGGCUUACCAGAGUCUUGGAGUGAUCUAUGGUGAUCUUAGUACAUCGCCACUCUAUGUUUAUAAGACCACUUUCUCUGGGAAACUAAGUCUUCAUGAAGACGAUGAAGAGAUCUUUGGAGUGUUCUCUUUCAUCUUCUGGACAUUUACACUCAUUGCUCUUUUUAAAUACGUUUUCAUUGUUCUCUCAGCAGAUGACAAUGGAGAAGGUGGAACAUUUGCGUUGUACUCGCUUCUUUGUAGAUAUGCCAAGCUAAGCAUUUUACCAAAUCAUCAAGAAAUGGAUGAGAAACUAUCAACAUAUGCAACGGGAAGCCCAGGAGAGACUCGGCAAAGCGCAGCGGUUAAAUCAUUCUUUGAGAAGCAUCCGAAAUCUCAAAAGUGUUUGUUGCUCUUUGUUCUUUUAGGGACAUGUAUGGCUAUUGGUGAUAGUGUCCUCACUCCAACAAUCUCAGUUCUUUCAGCUGUUUCUGGAGUCAAACUCAAGAUUCCCAACCUUCACGAGAAUUAUGUUGUCAUCAUCGCAUGUAUCAUCUUGGUGGCGAUAUUCUCAGUCCAGCGUUAUGGUACGCAUAGAGUCGCCUUCAUUUUCGCUCCAAUCUCCACUGCUUGGCUUCUCUCCAUCAGUAGCAUUGGAGUUUACAACACUAUAAAAUGGAACCCGCGUAUAGUCUCUGCGCUUUCGCCUGUUUACAUGUAUAAGUUCCUUAGAAGCACCGGUGUUGAAGGGUGGGUUUCACUUGGAGGUGUUGUUCUUUCAAUCACAGGUGUUGAGACUAUGUUUGCUGACUUAGGUCACUUCUCUUCUCUGUCCAUAAAGGUGGCUUUCUCGUUCUUUGUAUACCCGUGUUUGAUACUUGCAUACAUGGGUGAGGCUGCGUUUCUCUCUAAACACCAUGAAGAUAUUCAGCAAAGCUUCUACAAGGCGAUACCCGAGCCUGUGUUCUGGCCAGUGUUCAUUGUGGCUACAUUUGCAGCUGUGGUGGGAAGCCAAGCUGUCAUAUCCGCAACGUUUUCGAUCAUAAGUCAAUGUUGUGCACUUGAUUGCUUUCCUCGGGUCAAGAUCAUUCACACUUCAAGCAAAAUACAUGGACAAAUCUAUAUCCCUGAAGUUAACUGGAUGCUGAUGUGUCUUUGCCUGGCGGUCACUAUCGGGUUAAGAGACACUAAUAUGAUGGGUCAUGCAUAUGGACUUGCUGUGACCUCUGUGAUGCUUGUGACUACAUGUUUGAUGACUUUAGUGAUGACAAUUGUCUGGAAGCAAAGAAUCAUUACAGUUCUCGCAUUCGUUGUCUUUUUCGGUUCCAUCGAGCUUCUCUAUUUCUCGUCAUGCGUCUACAAAGUACCUGAAGGAGGUUGGAUUCCGAUUCUCCUCUCUUUGACAUUCAUGGCGGUAAUGUACAUAUGGAACUACGGAACUACAAAGAAACAUGAAUUCGACGUUGAGAACAAGGUCUCGAUGGACCGGAUAGUUUCUCUAGGACCAAGCAUAGGAAUGGUUAGAGUUCCAGGAAUAGGACUGGUCUAUUCGAAUCUUGUGACGGGAGUUCCAGCUGUUUUCGGACAUUUCGUGACGAAUCUGCCUGCGUUUCACAAGAUUCUAGUGUUUGUAUGUGUGAAGUCAGUUCAGGUUCCUUAUGUUGGAGAAGAAGAGAGGUUUGUGAUAAGCAGAGUAGGGCCAAAAGAGUAUGGAAUGUUUAGAAGUGUGGUUAGGUAUGGAUACAGAGAUGUUCCUAGAGAAAUGUAUGACUUCGAAAGCCGGUUAGUAUCUGCAAUAGUCGAAUUCGUUGAAACCGAACCGGGACUUGAAGAAGAAGAAAUGUCGAGUGUUCGGAGAAAGAAAGAGGAAUGUAUGGAGAUAAUGGAAGCGAAAGAAGCUGGAGUAGCGUAUAUACUGGGACAUUCAUACGCAAAGGCGAAGCAAUCAUCGUCGGUGUUGAAGAAACUAGCAGUGAAUGUUGUAUUUGCGUUCAUGAGCACGAAUUGCAGAGGAACAGAUGUUGUGCUUAAUGUUCCUCACACUUCUCUGCUUGAAGUUGGAAUGGUUUAUUACGUCUAAACAGAGUAAUACUUAGCUUUAGCAUAAGAUCAGUACAGUUUUUAGUAGUAGUACAGUAUAUAAGAGAGCUCUAACUUCAUUUUCAGUUGUUUUAGCAGAGAAGUUUAAUGUGUAAAUAUACUUACAGUUAAUGAAGGAAAAUGAAGAAAUGAUAAUUAGA